AGUUUCAGAGGGGUGUGUGUGUAGUAGUUCCUUCAUACUGAAUCAGCUCGGACAGCCUGUGUGUGUUGUGGUCCUCUUUCCUUGAUUUCUCUAGGUAGAAUAUUUGAGUCUUACUUUGACACAGAGAAAAGACUAUUCUUUUGCCGAUUUGGUCCUGAUCCAUCCCAGUUUUGACAAAGCUGAAAGAAUCCCCUUGGUACAAGACUUGCUUGUCAUUGGAAGUUCUGCCUUUACCCACUAGAGUGCUCUUUCAUCAUUCAGUGUAUCUCAGAUACUCCAACUGAAGAGACCAUUUCUUAUUUCCUGGAUAAAGUUUUGGUGCUGCGUUUUCUUUGACGCAGUGGAUGCCACGGCACAGGUAGACAAACAGGAGAAUGUCGGUGAAUCUAAGUAAAAACGGAGCAGCGCUCACGGCCGCGUAUAAAGAAGUGGUGGAUGUGAAGUCUGAUACCAACUGGGCUCUGUUCACCUAUGAGGGGAACACCAAUGACAUCCGCCUGGCAGAGAAGGGAGACGGCGGUCUGGAGGAGAUGGUGGAGGAGUUGAGCAGUGGGAAGGUGAUGUAUGCCUUCUGUUGCGUCAAGGACCCCAACUCUUGCCUGUGUAAAUAUGUCCUCAUCAACUGGACAGGUGAAGGGGUAAAGGACUCUCGGAAAGGACAGUGCGCCAACCAUGUCAUUUCCAUGGGUAACUUCCUAAGGGGUGCCCAUGUGACCAUCAAUGCACGGGGAGAGGAUGACGUGGAGCCAGAAAGCAUCAUGGGUAAAGUGGCCAAGGCGUCGGGGGCCAACUUUAACUUUCGCAAAGAGACACAGAAAUACAGUGAUGUACCCAGUGGACCUGUGGGGUCGGUGUACCAGAAGACUAAUGCUGUGGAUGAGAUUCUGCAAACCCAAGAGACACAGAAAUAUGACAUACCCAGAGGACCUGUGGGGUCGGUGUACCAGAAGACUAACGCUGUGGAUGAGAUUCUGCAAACCAACAAGGACAACUUCUGGGCCCAAUCUCAGAGAGAUGAGGAGGUGCGUCAGAAGGAGGAGAGCAAGAGAGUGGAGGAGGAGAGGCAAAGGGUGAAAAGAGAGCGAAAAGAGAGGGAUGAAAAGGAGGCUGCAGAGAGAGAAACGAGGGCAAAGGAGAGAGCCUCUCAAAUCGACCAGGCAAAGACUUACCAGAAGCAGCAGGAGUCAGGGUAUAGAGACCAGGAACAACAUCAGCCGGAGCAGCAGGACAGUGAGCGUCAGAACUCUCAGAGGAUAAGACCUGCAUCUGUACAAAAAGCAAACGAGGCAGCACGUCUGAUCUCCCAGAGGUCCUUGAACCCCAGAGAGCUGUUUAAAAAGAGAGAGCAGAGUGCUUCACUGGACAACACGCCCAGCUCCAGACCUGGGAAGCUGCAGAGCCCCUUCCUGACUCAGAAGUCCACUGAGAGAGAAACACCCAUCGAACCACGUUCCCCACAAUACCCAGCUUUUCUUCACCCAGAAGCCCCAGCUCCACUGCUACCAAAAAUACCUGCUCUGCUCUCAGAGCCCAGGGCACAGGCAGCCCCACUGUCACCUGUCCAACCCGCAGAGUCUUCCUUCACUGAAGAGGAGUACUGGUCGGAUGAUUUUGAUGAUGAUACACAGGACACAGCACCAGAGGAUGAGCCAACAGUUGCCGGUCUGGUUCAGGGUAGAGAGGAGCACAUUGGCCCAGAUGAGGUAUACGAGCUCCUGCCAUUGGCAGAAACAAAUGAGGAGGAUAACAUUUAUGAUGAUAUCUACCAGGACACACCCAAAGUGCUGCAGCAGAGAGAGGAGGCCAGUGGACAGGAUGUGCGUGCCAGGGCUCUGUAUGACUACCAAGCCACUGACGACUCUGAGAUUACCAUUGAUCCUGAUGACAUCAUCACAGGGAUAGACAUGGUGGAUGAGGGUUGGUGGAGAGGCUACGGACCGGAUGGACACUACGGAAUGUUCCCGGCCAAUUACGUUGAGCUCCUGUAGUUCCAAAGCCCUCCCACAUGCCUGUACAACCAAUUAGAGCAUCAGUUGGAUCAUUCUGACUGCGACCCAUGCGAACAAUACAGGGGUAGGAAGGGGGAUGUUUUCCUCUCUGCACAGAUAUUAGGUUUGUAAGUAGAAAGUGAAGAGAAUGGGGGUGCAGGACUUAUCGGGGAUGUCAGGGAAAGUGACUGUCACUUGAUUACUGUAUUUUAAUGUACAACAGAGCUAAUGUCAGUGUAUUCUAGUCUUUAUGAUUGUCUGGUUUUAGUCAGGUCUCAGACUAGCAGUCUUCUAUGGGAUUAUGGGGAUGUUUGGGGUUUUAUAUGUGUCUUGAAGUUGACUUCUGCUUUUGAUCCACUUUUCAAUAAAUAAAGAUGCAUGUCCAACUGUU